CGGCCACUGCGCAGAAUGCGGCGCGGGCGGGAGAAGUGCCGGCGGCACAGCCCGCGCCCCGGCCCCGUCGGCUCCCGGGAAAUCCCGCAGGGCCAGAUGGGGCAGGGGACUGCCGGCUCCGCGGCCGAAAUGACCACCCUUCCAAGAUGGCGACUCCCGUAGAGACACUCCCGAGGGGACAGCCAUGUUAGUUGCCUGACAAAGUCACUAAAGAACAUUUGAAAGCCCGCCUCUCCACCUCCACGCACACGCGCUAACACAGCGCGAGGGCACCCUGUGGGGUGGCGGGCGGCCGGCCGCUCCCAAGCUGACACUGAGCAUGUGCACGGUGAAGUCCAGACACGGAAGAGUCCCUCAGAGUAUCCAGCACAGGGAGCUGCUCCCUUGGUGCCCCCAGGAAGCAUUUUGUGGGGUGAAUGGUGACUGACCACGUGCACACUGGCUCUCCAGGGUUUCUUGGAGUCUCUGUGGAGCCCCUGGGCCAGACCCCGAAGCAGAGUCUGUAGGACCUACCUCCUGGCCCCAGCAGCCCUGAUUGAGUCCCCGGCUGCCCGGCUGGCUUCGAGCUCCUGGGAAGAGCAAAGUCAUCAGCAAGAGAGCCCUUGAGCUGAGGCCCAGCGGGAACAUGCCAGCUAACCGGAGUUCUCCCCAGUGGUCCUCGGUCCUGGCUGCAGAGGGACGUGGCAGUUUGUGUGAGGUCUCCGUGUCAUUCGAGGAUGUGACUGUGGACUUCAGCAGGGAGGAGUGGCAGCACUUGGACCCUGCUCAGAGACGCCUGUACCGGGAUGUGACGCUGGAGAAUUACAGCCACUUGCGCUCAGUGGGGUACCAGGUUCCCAAACCAGAGGUCAUCUUCAAGUUGGAGCAAGGAGAGGGGCCAUGGACAUUGGAGGGGGAAACCCCACAUCAGGGCUGUUCAGACGAGGCUACUGGGGAAAUGCAACAACAGAGAAUUUCUGGGAAAGUUUCAUUCCACUGUGAGAAAUUUGGUCAGCCCAUAGGAAAAGAUCCAUUGUGUUCCAUUUUAGAAGAAUUGUGGCAAAAUAAUAGCCAGCUAGAGAGAUAUCAAGAAAGCCAAAAUAACCCUUUAAGUCAUGUGAAAGUACUGAUUAAGGAGAGGGGCUAUGAAUUUAAAAAUACUGAAAAAAUAAUUCACGUGAGUACCAAGCUUGUUCCUUCAAUUAAAAGACUCCAUAACUAUGACACCUUUGGAAAGAGUUUGAAGCAUACUUUAAACUUACACAAUCAUAAUAAAAGCAAUGCAACAAAGAAGCUUGGUAAGAUUUUUGGAAAUGAUACUAAUUUUGCCCAUAGCUCUUCCUCUACUGAGAAUGCGAAUACAGGAGCAAAUUCCUGUGAAGUUAAUCGAUGUGAAAAACAUCUUGGCAACAAACAAGUUCUCAUCCACCAUCAGAAUAUUCAGACUGGGGAGCAACUUUAUGUAUGUACUGAGUGUGUAAAGAGCUUCCCCCAGAAGUCACAUCUCUUUGAGCAUCAGAGAAUUCAUGCUGAGGAAAAAUCCCAUGAAUGCCAUAAAAGUGACAAAGCCCUCAUUCCGAAGCCACAGAUUAAUGGACCUCAAAGUGUUUGUGCAGGAGAUAAACCCUAUAUAUGUACUCAAUGUGGGAAGGCCUUUACUCUCAAGUCAAACCUCAUUACACAUCAGAAAAUUCAUACCGGGCAGAAACCGUAUAAAUGCAGUGAAUGUGGAAAAGCCUUUUUCCACAGAUCAUAUCUCUUUAGACAUAUGAGAAUUCAUACAGGAGAAAAACCAUAUGAAUGCAGUGAAUGUGGAAGAGGCUUCUCCCAGAAUUCAGACCUUACUAUACAUCAGAAAACUCAUACUGGAGAAAAACACUAUGCAUGCAGCGAAUGUGGGAAAGCCUUCACAAGAAAAUCAGCACUCAGAAUGCAUCAGAGAAUCCACACAGGAGAGAAACCCUAUGUAUGCACUGAAUGCGGGAAGGCCUUCAUCCAGAAAUCACAUUUCAAUACACAUCAGAGAAUCCAUACUGGCGAAAAGCCUUAUGAAUGCAGUGAGUGUGGAAAAUCAUUCACUAAGAAGUCACAACUCCAUGUACAUCAAAGAAUUCACACUGGAGAAAAACCCUAUAUAUGUACAGAAUGUGGAAAGGUCUUUACUCAUAGGACAAACCUCACUACACAUCAGAAAACUCAUACUGGAGAGAAACCCUAUAUGUGUGCUGAAUGUGGCAAGGCUUUCAGUGACCAGUCAAAUCUCAUUAAACACCAGAAAACUCACACUGGAGAGAAGCCCUAUAAGUGCAAUGGCUGUGGAAAAGCCUUCAUAUGGAAGUCACGCCUCAAAAUACAUCAGAAAUCUCAUAUUGGAGAGAGACACUAUGAAUGCAAUGAAUGUGGGAAAGCCUUUAUCCAGAAAUCGACACUAAGUGUGCAUCAGAGGAUCCACACAGGAGAGAAACCCUAUGUUUGUCCUGAAUGUGGGAAGGCCUUCAUCCAGAAGUCACACUUCAUUGCACAUCAUAGAAUUCAUACUGGAGAGAAGCCUUAUGAAUGCAGUGACUGUGGGAAAUGCUUUACUAAGAAGUCACAACUCCGUGUGCAUCAGAAGAUUCACACAGGAGAGAAACCCAAUAUAUGUGCUGAAUGUGGAAAGGCCUUCACUGACAGGUCAAAUCUUAUAACACACCAAAAAAUCCAUACUAGAGAGAAACCCUAUAAAUGCAGUGACUGUGGAAAAACCUUCACCUGGAAGUCUCGCCUCACUAUCCAUCAGAAAUCUCAUACUGGAGAAAGACACUACGAAUGCAGUAAAUGCGGGAAAGCCUUCAUCCAGAAAGCAACAUUAAGUAUGCAUCAGAUUAUUCAUACCGGAAAGAAACCCUAUGCUUGUACAGAAUGUCAGAAGGCCUUCACUGACAGAUCAAAUCUCAUUAAACACCAGAAAACACAUAGUGGAGAAAAAGUAUAAAGCCAUUGACUGAAAAAGCCUUCAGCUGGAACUCACAACUGGGGAUGCAUCAGAUGUCUCAUAGUGGGGAAGAGGAGUGCCGGAUGCUGCGACUGGGGUACAGGGGGAGGUGGGCAUGACAGCCCACAGCUUAGGUAAACAGAAGGCAGACAGAGCCAAGUAUCCUUCAGUCAAUUGGAAAUACAAGUACCUGCACCACCACAGUUGACAUGCAGUUAUAUGCAUAGGGAGACACUUUGAUAAGGCAUUUGAGCAAUAGUCCUGUUUGGUUGCAUGAUUCACACAGAGACCUUCAAGCUCUUACAAAUGGGUAGAGAGACAGACCCCAGGAGAUGGUAGAAAGACAGACCCCAGGAGAUGACUUGUAAUCUCUUAUGUUUCACUUUUUGGAUGAAGGACUUUAUAAAUUCAGCACUGAUUAGUUCUUCAUACCCUGGGAAUGUAGAAGUACUUAAUAUUGGCCACCUUUUUUUUUUUUUCAAAUUUCUAGGGUGGGGAGAAGGGUUUUCAUUGUCCAGACACCUGCAGAGCACCAAAGUCAAGGCAAAAACCUAUUUGGGAAGGCAGAUCUGUGAGUAGAAGCCAGAAGUUUUUGUGAUCGUGGACAUUUAAGGCACAGGAAAAAUUGCCACAGGGAAUUUUUCUUUCUCUUUCCUUCACCAGAGUAUAUUUUUAAAAAACGAAAUAGAAUUUUUAAACUCCAAGUCUCACUUUAGGUUUAAAAUGACUUUAUGCGUUGGCAAAUUAGGCAUAGCUCUAGCCGAUGUUAACAGGAAUAUAGUUAUUAAACCCUACAGACAUCUAAAGGUGGCAACUGUUCUCUCAUUACUUCCGUGCUGUGACAGCUGGUGAUUCACAUCCAAAAAAGGUAUGCAUACUUUCUAACCUGUACCCCAAAAGCUAUCAUUUAUGUAAGCUGCAGACCAUAGACUUCUCAUCCCCCUAAAACAAUGGAACUGAGCCACAACACACUGGACUUCCGGUCUCAUCUGCUGAAGCUUCUGCUUUCUUUGGGAUUCCUGUUUGAAAAGGAGUGGUUGAUAAAUUGAGUUUCAAUACAUAACAUUUUGAUUUUGUUUUUCUUUCAAUUUGCUAAGAUACAUUCAUUUUCUACACGCACAUUAAGAGUAGUAUUGUGUCAAUUGCUAUGGGAUAAAGUCAUGUUGCACUGUAUUUGCUUAGUCUAAGAUAGGAUUAUAGUUGAAUAACUGGAAGACUUCUCUAGAAAGAGCACUGCUUUUUUUUUUUAAAGCACUGAUAUAUAGACAGUUUCUCAUCUUCCCUUUAAUGUUUUUUAAGAUACUCAUAAGAAAAGGGGCUUUCUAGCAUGCAAUUUUACCUUAUUUUUAAACCUUUUUAUUAAUGUAUAAUGCAUCCAGAAAAUGCAGGUAUCAUAAGCAAACAGCUCAAUGAACUCUCAAACUGAACAUACUCAGAUCAAGAAACACAAUAUACCAAACACUCCAGAAGCAUUCCCUGUGCUCCCUUCCAGGCCUUGUCCCCUCAACCCCCAAGAUAAACACUAUCCUGACUUCUAACAGCAUAGAUUAGUUUUGUCUGUUUGGUAUUUUAUAUAAAUUGAGUCAAACAGUUAUAUUUCAUAUUUUAGAAUAUACUCUUUAGUGUCUAUCUUUCAUUCAUAUUGUAAAUGUGAGGUUCAUCCAUUUUGUUGAAUACAGUUGUAGAUAAUUCAUUCUCAUGGUCAUGUUAUAUUCCACCGUGUGAAUAUACUACAAUAUGUUUAUCCCACCGUUGAUGGACAUUUGGGUUGUCUGCAGCUUCAGGCUAUUAGGAAUAGCUAUAAAUAUUUUAGUACCUAUUUAUUAAUGAACAUAUUUAUGAAUUUCUGUUAGGCAUAUUUCUAGGAUUUGAACUGCCAAGUCAUACAGUAUCGAUAUGCUCAGCUUUAGUUUAUAAAACUAGUUUUCCAAAGUGGCUGUACCAAUAUACACUCCCACCAGCACAGUGUAUAGGUUCUAGUUGCUCCAGAUUCUUGCCAAUACUUGGUAUUUUCCAUCUUUUUUUACUUUAGCUCAUGUAUAUAUACCUAUAUAGGUAUAUCCAUAAUGGUUAGUAUAUAGUGAUAUCUCGGUGUGAUUUUAAUUUUUAUUUCUUGUCUUCCAAUUCUACCAUAGUAGCUCCCCAAGACAGUUAACUGAUAUCUGAGAUCUGAGACCCAGGCAUGGUCCUCACAUGCCUGCACCAUUUAUAUUUCACCAACAAUAGUAAGCAAAUAGUAACUUUAAAUCUUCCCCCACAAAAAAGCCUAAAGCCAGAUGGUUUAACUGGUUAAUUGCAUUAAACAUUUAUAGGAGAAAUAAUAUUGAAACUCCAUACAAUCUUUCAAAAAAUAGAGGAAGAAGGAACACUCUCCAAGUCUGUGAAGCCAGUAUUACCCUGAUACUUAAGCCAUACCAACACAUAACAACAACAAAAAACUACAAACCAGUAUUCCUCAUGAAUAUAGAGGUAAAAAUCCUCAACAAAAUAUUAGCAAAUCGAACCUAACAACAUAUAAAAGAAUUAUACAUCAUGACCAAGUGAGAUUUAUUCCAUGAUGCAAGGCUGCUUCAACAUUCAAAAAUCAGUCAAUGUAAUCAUAUUAAUAAGUUGAAGAAGAAAAGUCACAUGAUCUACAGAUUCAAUACAAUUUUAUCAAACUUCCAGCAGGCUUUCUUCCCCCCAAACUGAUAAACUGACCUUCAAAAUAUAGAGAGAGGUGGAAAGGAUCAAGAAUAGCAAAAAGGGGGCACCUGGGUGGCUCAGUCAGUUGAGCAUCUGCCUUUGGCUCAG